CUCAGUUGACUUGCCGGUGACAUUCUUGUUCAUUUCCAGCUGAGUUUUUCCACCACUUUGUUCUGCUCGUGAUGGAGAACGGCGGACAGAGACGAGGAGUUGUGAUUAAAGACGACUGGCCGGGCUACAGCCUGGAUCUCUUCACCUACCCGGAGCACUACCACGACGACAUCGAGAACGUCUACAUCCCACACGGGGUGAUCAAGAACAGGACCGAGCGUCUGGCUCACUACAUCGUGGAGGACUUUGUGGACAACAACAUCAUGGUCCUGUGUGCCCUCAAGGGGGGGUACAAGUUCUGUGCAGACCUGGUGGAGUACAUCAAGGUUCUGGGGAGGAAUUCCAACAAGUACCUGGAGACUCGAGUGGAGUUUAUUCGCUACAAGAGCUACCUGAACGAUCAGUCCACAGAAGACCUGCACAUUGUUGGGAGCAGAGAUCUGUCCUUUCUAAAGGGAAAGAGCGUGCUGAUCGUCGAGGCCAUCGUCGACACAGGAAAGACCAUGAAGGCUCUUCUGAAGCAUGUGCUGACCUUUGAACCAAAGAUGGUCAAGGUUGCAGGGCUGCUGGUCAAAAGGACCCCCAACGUCGUGGACGGCCUCACCGACUACGUUGGAUUUGAGAUCCCCAACCGCUUCGUGGUGGGCUACGCUCUGGACUACAACGAGCACUUCCGGGACCUGAAUCACAUCUGCGUCAUCAGCAAGACCGGGAAGAUGAAGUACAAGGUCUGAGAGGAGUUUCCGUCCAUCACACUCGACUGCAGUCACACGCUCAGUCCAUUGAAAGCUGUUGCUUCACAACUGCUGCAUGGUUUUAUAAAAGGAAAAGUGCAACAGAAUCAUUUCCGCCUCACUUGUGUUGACUCAAACACAAACAAACAAGAUGAGUAACAACCGAGCCCGUCGCCCGCAGAGGCGGUUGGUGACAGAUGGAGAGAUUAUAAAACUUGGCUCCCUCAUAUUUGGAUGACGCCGGUUCUGAGUCAUGUGGACAGCAGGCAGGCGAACGUCCAUUCGUGCCUUGUUUUUGUAUGUAACUGUAAAUCCGACAGUAACGAAUAAUGAAAUUGAUCCACAUUUUUAGCUGUACAUUGACCGGAAACAUGCUGGAGAGCAAUAAACUAUCAGGUUAUUCUACAGAAGGACGCACCUUCUUAUUAAAAUGUCUGAAAAUA